GGAGCGUAUUUUAUUACUACUUAACUCAAUAUAAAUAUAUGCAAAACGAUAUAUAUAUAUAUUAUAUAUGCAAGGGCUUUUUUUUUCAUAAAAAAAAGUGUUAUCUAUAAUUAGCAAACAAAAUAUAGUAACUGAUUUAAGCCCCAUUAUUCAUUGGAUUUUAAGUCCAGCAUUAGUUACCAUAAAUUUAAAUAAUUCAAUUACUUUGUUUGGGAAAGAACAUUUUCAUUUAAAGUUAAGUCGAUCCCCUAUCAACCACAGCAUCUUCUCCCUUCUAAAAAAAAUAUUUAUAGCAAAGGUUUCCUCUUUUUCCUUUUUUCUUUCUUUCUUUCUUUCUUUCAUUCUGUACAUCAUGUUAAAGGCAUUUUUGAUUUCUAUGGCAAGCACAGCUGUUUUGGCUGCUGUUGAUAUGUCUCAAUUUCCAACCAAGACGGAUCCCACUCACAUUAGCAUCCCUAAUAUACCACAAACCACUUCUCAUGACAUUGCAACCGAAUGUCAAUACUAUCAAUCCAAUUUCACGAUUGACAAGACGCAAUGGCCUACUAUCUGGGACAUUGCUACCAGUAACAACAUGAACACGUCUGAAGAAUUCCAAAAGGUCUAUAACUCGAUUGACUGGUCCAAGGCUCCUUCUGCUCCUGUUCGUUCUCUUACGCCUCAAGGAGGUCUUAACUUGGUCGGCUAUGAUACGGCCAAUGAUCCUGACUGUUGGUGGUCUGCUACUCAAUGUGUGAAGCCCAAGAGACAAGAUAUCAAUCCUGAUAUCUAUGCUUGUCCUGAACCACAAACAUGGGGUCUUACUUUUGAUGAUGGACCUAAUUGUUCUCAUAAUGCAUUUUAUGAUUAUCUUCAAUCCAACAAUCAAAGAGCUUCUAUGUUUUAUAUUGGUUCGAAUGUGCUUAACUGGCCUUAUGGCGCUCUUCGUGGUCUUAAAGACGGCCACCAUCUUUGUGGUCACACUUGGUCUCAUAAGAUGAUGACAACUUUGACAAACCAAGAAGUGCUUGCUGAACUUUACUACACGGCAAAGGCUGUGAAAUACGUUACUGGUGUGACUCCUUUACAUUGGCGUCCUGCCCUUGGUGAUUUGGAUGAUCGUGUUCGUUGGAUUGCUACUCAACUCAAUAUGACGGCUGUUCUUUGGAACUUGGAUACAGAUGACUGGGCUGCUGGUAGCAACGGCAUUACUGCCGAUACUGUCAACCAAAGAUAUCAAGACUUUAUCAAGAUGGGCAGCAACGGUACCUUCCAAAACUCUGGUAACAUUGUCCUCUCUCACGAAAUCAACAACAUGACCAUGGACUUCUUUGUCAACCAUUACCCUGAGAUUAAAAAGAACUACAAACAUGUUGUGGAUGUCGCCACCUGUCAAAACAUUGCUCAUCCUUACCUCGAGCAAAGUAUCACGUACCCUAGUUUUGAUGCCAGUGUGAACCAAAAUGCCAGCACGGCUACUGGUUCUGGUGUGAUUCCUGGUGCUUCUUCUACAGCCAAGUCAGAUGCUACCACACAUUAUUUGAACGGUCCCCUCUUUGUGGCUGCCUUGUUUGGUUUACUUGUUGCUAUUUAAUAAGAUUCAUUAUAUAUUUUUAACAUUCGCAUUAUUCAUAGAAUAAAACAUUCUCAUACUUUUUUUUAUGAUAAAACC